AUGGACUUUGACGACGAACUCAUCACGAAACUGCACGCGCCGCAAACACGCACACCCACACCACCACUACCCACCAUACCAGCACCCACAACAUCAACACCCGACCCCACCACCACACCCUCCUUCCCACGCCCCGCCGCCACCCCCAAAGACGGCGAAAGCUACUACAUCAAACCCAUCCCCUCUGGUCUCCGCGGCACCACACUAGCAGAUCUAAUGACAGCCUGCCACACCCACACCCUCCACCACGGCUUCGACAAGUGGAGGCAGAUGAAGAAGGCUGAGGGGGUAGAGGGUGGAGAGCAGGGAGGUGGUGAAAACGAGGAAGAGAUGGAGGAUGUGGUGAGAGAUGAGGUGGGAGAUGAGGUGGAAGCGCAGGUGCAGACUCACACUCAGUCGAGUCAUCAACAUUUGCAGCAGCAGAUGCAACAGCCUCCUCCACAGAUGCAACAUCAACAACAACCUCAGCAUCGACAGCCACAACAACAACACCAGCAUUUAUUCGCUCCAGGAGUUCCUGCCUACUGGUCGGCAACAGCUGGACACGACUUCUGA